AUGGAAGUCAAAGUGCCGGUGUCUCUUUCGAAGUCUACCUUCAGCAAAUUCACGAGUCUCCCAGCCGAGAUACGAUUCAUGAUCUGGUUGCUGGCGGUCCCAGGACAAAAUCGUCUAGUUCACAGUCCAACAUUUAGGACAAUCAAGCAUGCUCCUUGCCCAGUCCUAUUUCUGGUGUGCAAAGAAGCCAAGGCGUGCGCCGAGACUCAAUAUCAGCGACUCCAACAGGAUAACAAAGGCUAUAACCUUAUGAUGGGAACUUUGACCCCGAGUAAUAUUACAGAGGGUGGCGGUCUUCCGAUCUCGUUGGGCCAUGACAUCUUUGUAAUACAGUCUAGAAAGUGGAAUAGCUGGCAUACGGGCAAAUCCAACCUGAGGAAAGGAUGGACAGCAAGCCGCAGGCACGGAAAGAAGCCAACCAACCAAGGCUUGUGA